AUUUAAGCAAACAAAACAAAACAAAACAAAAAGUGUUUUUCUGCUCAACGAAAGUGCACCAAGAUGAUUCCGCUAGAGAUCUUUCGCAGCAUUGUCAUCGUUCUACUGCUGAUCAGCAUCGCUGUGGUAUUUGUGCUGCGCAUGAACACCGACGAGGAGGCAUAAGAACAGCACCACGACCAGCACCACUACUAAUCACAGCCCAAAUCAAAUCGAAUCGAAUCGUAUCCAAAGCUCACCUGCAUAUUCUCGUGCUUCUCCUUGCGAUUGGCGAUUGCCUUCAGCUCCUCGCUGCAGAUCAGAGAGCUCACAUAGUUGGUGGUGAGAUUGUCCACAAAGUUCUUCUGCCUGGACUGGCAGGUGUUCCACCAUUUUCGCACGACAGCCGGUAGCUUGCGCAGCACUUCGGUAUACAGGUGGCACACAUAGCGCUCCAGUGGCAGUUGGCGAUCUGUUGGCAGAGAGAAACGAGCAGAAGGUCAACACAUGCCAUGAACUAAAUUUGGAAAAGGAAAAGCACACAAAAGUCACUCAUUCCACUCAUUAUUUCGUCUCGUUUUGUUUCGUUUCACUCGUUUGUAUUUUUUUUGUUUUUUUUUAUUGAAUUAUUUUUGUUGUUCGAUUUCGGAGUUUUUGUUUGCAUUUUGUUCGGUAGAAUGUCCAAAAAGAAUGCCUUCGAUAAUGCGCAGCCACCGCGCGGCAUAAAGCUGGAGAACGAGAAGCAGACCGUCGCGGAGGCUUUAAAUUUCAUGAAGCUGGCCUGCAUGCAUCAGCCAGAGGCAGCCAAGCCCAAGGAAGAGGACGGUCCCACAGUGGCCGACGAGCUGAAUGCUCGCCUGGCCAUGGUCCAUGUGCGCGAGAAUCGCGCGAAGCGCAUUAAGCGUCUGGUCAAGUUUCCCGCAACCGAGCAGCAAGCAUUGUACAAGUUCAUCUGCGUCUGUCCCCGUUACCAUCCCUGCUACGGACCCUGCCAGCACACGGGCCAGAUCAUCAUCGAUCGCGAUGUGUUGUCGCGCGAGGAGCACAUCUGUUUCUUGGCCACACCCAAGAAGGAUCUGACCUCACCGCAGCUAUUCAAGCAGCCGAUUUUCUACAGCAAAAAGUACUUUAUGCCUACGUGCACGGCCCGCAUUGAGCGCCUUGCCGAUCCCCUUCCGGUCCGUGUCAAGGACACGUUCAAGACCUACAAGAACAUUCUCGAGCCCCGGCAAUUGACCGCCUUGCAGAACCAGAUGAAGCCCAAGCCGCCCGUUGAAGUGAUGACCAUGGACAGGGCCAUCGAGUACUUGGAGGAGGAGAUGCGACAACGGCGAACGGCCAAGCAACUGCACCGACGACGCUGCAAGAGCCUGAAGAAGCGAAUCCUCAAACGGCAACGCAACCAGAUGGAGAAGAUCGUGUGCGUGUUGUUCGAGGAGAUGAAGGAUUUCCUGCUCAACGAUCAGUUUAUCGUUGAUGAAAAUUCCCCCCUCUGUGCUGUGAUACUGGACAAGAUCAGAGAGUUUACGGACCAAGAGUUCUACACGACCAGUAAUCUACGCGAAUAUCAGAAGAUAUUGGCCAACAAUCUAACCGUUUGGAUCAACAAGUUCAUCUCCAACUUGAACAUUUACUUGGCCCCACAACAGAUACCCGUACAACGCCAGAUGAUGGCCGACGAAGAUCCGGAACAGUUUGUGCCCUUGUCGGACUACAUUUCGCUAUCCGAACACAUGGAUGAGAUGACACACGACACCGGCGCUAUUGGCUACGACUUUGAGGACUAUGACAACGAGGAAUAUGUGCCUGGCGUCCUAACAGCAGCCGACGAGGCCUCCGAUGAUACACUGAGAAACGACAAUUAAACAUUGCGGCGAUGCUCACCCUUAAGCUGAGACCAAGUGAGCUCCUUGUAGACGCCGUUGCUGUGAACCUUGGCCCCGUGAUUCUUUAGUAUGUCCACUGGCAUCGCACGGAACAGGAAGUGCAGAAAAUUCUAUAGUGUACAGAUCCAAAAUUUAAGUGUAACUCUCCAAAUCAAAAGUAAAUGUGAUUUUUAUACGAA